AUGCUGAAGAAACUACACAUAUUUUUGCUAAUACAUUUGGUUCUAUCAACGGACAUAGCUUUUGGUAACUCUAACAAUAAAACAAAACUUAGCCAAAUAUCACAAAAUAAAUACAACAUCAAAAGCCACACAAAAAACGAACGCCCUAAACGGGCUCUGCCAGAUGUAGAUGAUCAUCCAUUCUGGCCCAAUAGAGGCAAGAAGAAACUUUACGGUUAUUCAGAUUCUGACAAGGAGACUUUCUGGGCGAAUAGAGGUAGACGAGACUCUUCCAUAGAAAACUAUGUAGAUUUCGAGGAUCCGUAUAGUAACCAAAAGGGAGUAAUCUGUAAGAACUGCUAUCCUGGUGGAAAUUUUGAUGAUGUUAGUAGAAAUAUCAAGCAUACGAGAGAAGAUGUAUCCCCCUUUUGGGGGAUGAGGGGUAGGCGUGACUCCGAUGAAAGAGAAGAUGAUGUUUUUUGGGGCAGCAGGGGUCGACGAGAAGAUGACGAUCCAUUCUGGGGAAACAGGGGUAGACGACAGGACGAUGGGCCAUUUUGGGGUAAUAGAGGAAGACGGGAAGAAGAACCGUUUUGGGGAAAUAGAGGCCGACGAGAAGCUACAUCUGUUUUGGAUAGCCGAGAGAGACGUGAAAACGAUGAACCCUUUUGGGGAAACAGGGGCCGAAGGGAUGAAACUUUGUUACAAAAAGAAGAUGAAUCAUUUUGGGGGAAUCGUGGGAGAAGAAAAGUGACGGAUUCGUUCUGGGGCAGUCAAGGUAUACGAAAACAGGACUUGAAAGAAUCAAUACUCAAUGCUAUAAAUGUUGUCGAAAACGAUAUUCAAAAUUUAUCACGUCUAAGGGAAAAUGAAUAUGAACAUAAUUCGCUUUUACCUAUUAAACUAAAAGAGAAGCUACUUCGGCGUUUUCUUAACGAUCCAAUAAGACCAAGAUUUCAACAAAGUGUUAUAAAAGCAAAAAAAGCCAAAUCAUCCGACCCAGGUACUUUCAUCGACAAUAAGAUGUAUGCGGAGCAACCACAUUAUAUUGUAGUCGAGAGAUCCAGUCGAUCGUCAGCUGAAGACGAUCCGUUCUUUAUUUCCCGAGGCAAAAAGUAUUAUUUAAAUUUCGAUUUAGUAAAGGCAGCUAGAGACCGUCGCGGGGCUAUAGAAGAAAUUGUCAAAUCUGUUAGAAACGAUCCUUAUUAUAUUGCUCGAGGGAAAAAAGACACGGCUCCGUUUAAAAAAGAAAAUUCUACAUUAAAUCGGGAAGAAUUGUCUAAAGUAAAAGAACUUAUUUGUGCAACCAUAGAAUUGAUUGAAACUAAAAACAAUAAGAGUAAAACUAAAAGAGAUGUUGAUAGUGAGCGAGAUAGACGAACGACACUGCAAAAGCUCGCAGCACAAUUACAGAUGGAUCCUUACUUCGUUAGUAGAGGAAAGAAAAACGAUGAAAGUACUACCAAUGACGUGAUCUCUGGCGUCUCCGAGGAUAAUUUGGAAGAUUUCAUCAACGAGGUGGCUAGUAAAUGUAAUUGA